AUGCUUGGAUUAGAGUGCUGUGGACACGAAAUUGAUGAGUUUUUUGCGGAAUUGGACAAGGAAUUUGAGGCAAGGCAAAAUCAACGUAAUCUUGAAAGGUCUUUUGAUAAAAAUAGCUCCGAACUACUACAGAAGUCAGGUGAUUUAAAUACAGCGAAACUUAAAUCGCAUUAUAUAGGAAUGAUCGCUAAUUUUAAACCUGAUGAUUAUUCGAUCGAGACUGACAGUGAAUACGUUUCCAGUGAUGAUCUUGAUUUCUCCGAUUCAGAUCGUGAAGAGAAGGAGAUCGAUAAAAGAAAACAUGGAUAUGAUUAUGAUGGUGAUUAUGAACCGAGUAAUAGCUCUACUGUUUCCUCCGAUUCGGAUAAUCAACAAAAAAAGGAUGAAGAAGAUUCUUCAAUGUUGCUAAAUCAAGAACAAUUACCGACUGUCAUAGUUACAAACCCUAUCACCCAAACCCCGGGGACUCCACUUCCAAGACAUAAUGUUAAUCAUAUACAAGCUACUCCUCAAAAGUCCGUGCUUUUUAAGGAAUCCGUUACCUAUCUACAAAAUCAUAUAAAGAUAAAUGUAAAUAAUCAAGGAAUAAUCAUAAAGGACAAUCAUACUUCAGCAGAAAUUUCUAGUGUAAUUCGUAAUUGGCUUGUAACAGUGUUAUCAGUAAAUUAUCAUUAA